AACAAAUUUAAACGAUUAGCAAGAAUCCACAUUGAGACUAAUUAAAUAUCGACUCAAGGGAAAUUAGAGUCGUGGUCUUGAUAAUUGCUGUCAUGUAGAGAUGACGUACAAGCAACUGGUUCACAGCGAAAUGUUGGUAGGCUCAUUUAGGCUGAUUCGGCAACCAUAUGAAAGGCUAUAAUAAAUGUGGCACCGACGUGAUGUUAUGAAGGAGACCUAUAGGAAGGCCAUCCGUUUGUGAUUGAUGAUACCAUGGAGGAAUAAUUUAUUCCUCCAUCAUGAUACCGGCAUAAAUGCGAACACUCCGUGAGUUGGAAACACUAACUUUAAUUUACAGCAUUUAUUACAUAUUUUUGGAUGAAAAGGUUAACUAUAGGAACCGGACAACCAGGAAGAAGAAAUGGUAUACUACCGUCAACACACACUUAACUCUGACGGACCAUGAGAACGGGAGAGUGAAGUCACUACACAAGGACCUGAUUUUAGUCACUACAGCAAUUGAUGCUUCAGACAUUGUGUAUUAAAGAUGGAGUUUGACUUGAUCAUCUCACCAACGAACGAUACAUUACACUAUGAGUAUUUAAACGAAGUAAGUACUACUCGACAAUCUUUAUAUGUAACGCCAUUGUUUAUGACCGAACCAGCACCAAUCGUCGUCGUAGUUUUUACAGUGGCGUUAGAAACUCUUAUGGUUCCGUUCAUUCUUAUUGGAAACGGUGCUGUAGUGAUGCUCGUAACGAAGAACGAAGUACUGAGGACCACUACUAACUCCUUAAUGGUGAGUCUAGCCACGGCAGACGCACUCCAGGGGCUUACGCUAGUACCCGUAAUAGCAGCAACAUUGGACCCUUCCUUCUUAAAUAACGAGUUUGCGUGUUUGACUCUGUGGUGUAUGUUGUUACUUGCGUCUGGCUGUAGCUCAUUGUCCCUUCUUCUCGUCACCGUUGAUCGUUACAUUAAGAUUUUACAUCCUCUGACCUAUCAACAAAUAGUGAAUACAACUCGAGCAUCAUUGAUGAUAUCGUCUGUGUGGAUAUACACGUUUGUUAUAGCCGUCAUCCUACCCUUUUCAGGAUGGAAUCAGAUCCGAAGUUCGCCAAGUUUCUCCUGUUUGGACUUCACCGGAGUCUUCAACUCAAUCCAUCUUCAGAUACUCCUCAUGACUAACGGCAUUAUCCCGUUUGUUGUGAUGUGUUUGAUCUACAUGAGAUUGUUCUCGGUGGUCCUCCAGAAGCUCAAGCGAGAUGGGACCAAUCUGAACGGACAUAGGCGCUUCAUGAAACGAGAGCUACGCUCCGUCAAGACCUUUCUGAUACUCCUUGGUUUCACUGGUCUGGCCUGGUUGCCUGUCACUGCAAUUGUGCUGCUGGAGAUCCACACAAAGUACAAAGCAAGCCUCGGUCUACGAAGUGUUCUGAGCUGGUUAACAUUCAUGAACAGUGCUGCAAACCCAGUCGUUUACACCCUCCGAAGUGAACCAUUUCAAAGGGCGAUAAAUAACACUACUUUAUACAGAUUUUUCAAACGCUGUUGUAAAUGUAGGAAAAGCCCACGAAUUGAACCGAGUUCAUAUAACACUACAACAUUUCCAAGACACUUGGGAAAUAACCGAGAGUCAAUGUGGAUUAUUACAGCAGCUCCUGGCCAAUAAAAUGUGGUUGUAUCUACGUUAAGUUCCUAUUUAGUCUAGAAUCAAUCCGUAGUUUAGAUGCACCCAAAAAAACGUUGCUUGUCAAAAGGUAUGGGGAGGGGUGGCAGAUACAAUUUCUUGAUCAGCAUGAAUCGAUUUUGGGUCAAUUAGGAGACACGGAAUCUGUUCAGGUGAUGCGUCGCUGACUUGAAUUUUGACCGGCGACCCAUGUGGUUUAAGAAUUGAUAUCAUAGUCCUGGAAAAAUCAGUUUGAACUAUUAUAAACAGUCACACUGCACACUAUUAUAAACAGUCACACUGCACACUGUUAAUGUAAAUUUACCAACCUAUAGUAUUAUACUCCUUGAAAAUCAAUGUUGUGCUACACCAUGGCCAUUUGGCUGGCCUUUCAAUCGCAUCAGAGUUGAGCUCUGGUCUUGCUGAUUAGCAGAGUGUGGGUUAAAGUCAUGUCUAGACACUUGUGUCCAUAAGCAAGGCAUUAAACCGUUAUUGCUGCGUCCUUCGUAUGUGACUUAAAGUCGUCGGUCCCGUGUGUUCAUGCAAGUAAACGAACCCACAUACACUUAUCAUAAAAAGAGGGGGUUUGACCCCAAUGAUAACUAUGCGUCAACUCGCGUUCUACCAUUUCCAAUGUCUUCUGUUUAUACUCUCUUAAAAAUGACGAACACGCACUCGUCCUGUCCCCUAUAUUUAAAAGAGCCAUAUUACGGACAACUCUUUAGAGUGAACGACUGGUAAUAACAACUCGAUUUAGUGUGAAGUUCGUUCCAAUUUUACUCAAAAAGCCUGUGACAUGACAGAUUGACUUGACUCUCAAAAGAGCGAAAGUGAUAGCACUCGGACAAGAGAGUGACAUGUUCACUCUUUUACAUUAAGAGAGUAUACGCCUAUGGUUUGCUUGUGUCUAAUCAUUAUAACAAUCUCCAACAGAUUCAACAAUUCGACGCCAGGAGGACAUGUGAUUAUGGCAGGAUGGCACUAUAUAAACGUUCACUAUAGUAUUACUUAAGAUAAUACGAACUAGCUAAUUUGAUAGAACGUACUUUUAAAGCCAUUAUACACUUUCGGUAAACAGUAUU